AUGGAUGUAGCAGAGGUGUUGCCUCACUCCGGCGCCUGCAGCCUCUCUCCCGACGGCCGGUGCCUCGCCGUCGCGCAGGGGAAGAAGCUACACCUGCGCUCAGUACCGUCUCUCGAGGCAAAGCACGAGGUCGAGACAGCAGGCCUGCUGCACGCCCCAUGGACCCCGCACUCCACACCCUCAGCCUUUUCUCCUUUAUAUGAACGUAUGAAACCCCUUCCUUCUCUCCCCUUUCUCUCCCUUAACAUGUACACGACACCCUCGUUUCAGGUGUGGGCGGUGGCGCUCCCUGACUGGUCCGCCACAGUGCGUGAAGACGAGACAGCAGGCCUGGUGUGGGCCGUGGCUCUCCCUGACUGGUCCGCCACAGUGCGUGAAGACGAGACAGCAGGCCUGGUGCACGCAGCAUGGGCACCGGACUCGACCCACCUGCUGCUCUCCGCCGACCACAGGCUGCGUGUGACUAUAUGGAAUGUGACAUCGAGCAGGCCUGCUGCGCGCCUCGUGGGCUCCGGAUUCCACCCCCCUGCUGCGCGCCUCGUGGGCUCCGGAUUCCACCCCCCUGCUGCGCGCCUCGUGGGCUCCGGAUUCCACCCCCCUGCUGCGCGCCUCGUGGGCCCCGGAUUCCACCCCCCUGCUGCGCGCCUCGUGGGCUCCGGAUUCCACCCCCCUGCUGCACGCCUCGUGGGCUCCGGAUUCCACCCCCCUGCUGCGCGCCUCGUGGGCUCCGGAUUCCACCCCCCUGCUGCGCGCCUCGUGGGCUCCGGAUUCCACCCCCCUGCUGCGCGCCUCGUGGGCUCCGGACCACAGGCUGCGUGUGACUAUAUGGGAUGCGACUUCCAGGUGAGUGUAUGGAACGUCACUUCCAGCCAGUCGCCCCCUGUGCACAUCCCCUGCCCACGCACCCUCCAUUCACCCCCAGUGCACAUCCCCCUGCCCAAGCACCCCAUACGCGCCCUCGCUUUCUCCCCCAACCACCUACUCCUAGCGGCCCUCCACUCCCUCCCAUCUAAUCAGAGCAUGCCACCUGCCGCUGCCGCCCCAACUGCUGCUACUGGGGUUACAGAAUCUGGGUCUGCUGCUGCUGCUGCUGCUGGUGCUGCUGGUAUCGCUACUGGUGCUGGUGCUGGCAGUGCCAAUGCUAGAAGAACGAGUGAGAGCUCUGCUGUGGGGCUGGGAGGGGUGCAAGGAGGUAGAACAGAGGCAAGAGGAGGAGCACGAAGAGCAUCUGCUGUAGCAGGGGGGGGAGGCGGAGGGGGAGGAGGAGGGGGAGGGGGAGCAGCGGGGCAGAGUCGCGACGUGGUGAGCCUGUACGCCUGUGACACGUGGCAGGAGGUGGUUUGCUUCCGCACAGACACUGUGGACGCUGCUGACGUGGCAUGGGCAGCUGAGGGCAGCGGGGUUAUUGUCUGGGAUCACCCAAUGGAAUUCAGGCUGCUGCUCUUCUCCCCCUCUGGAGAGCCCCAAGCGUGCAUUGAGCUGCCCUGGCCAGGGCUGGGGGUCAGGGCUGUUGCCCCCUCCCCUACCUUUUCACCUGGCGCAGCUUCCGUCUCCAUUGCCGAUUGCAAUGCCAACAGCAGCAGCAGCAGAGGCGACGGUUCAGGUGCUGCUUCAGGUGCUUCCUCAGGUGCUCUGGUGGCGGUGGGCUGUUCGGCCGACCGCCUGCUGCGAGUCUUCCGGGCGGCGGAUGGGCGGCCUGUAGUUGAGCUGCCACACGUGCCAGCUGUCAAAAUUCCACUGGCUGCUGCCGCCGUUGUGUACGAGGUGGGUGGAGGGUGGGAUGUUGCCACCACCAUGGCACCAGAUGCCGCCGAGGAGGAAGAUGUGGAAAUCGUUUCUUACCGGGUGCUUGAUCUGCCCGUUCAGCUGCCCGUCCAGAAGCCUCCAGUGGACAAGCCCAACCCAAAACAGGGAGUCGGUCUCCUACAGUGGAGUGCCAAAGGAGAGUAUCUAGCCACGCGCUGCGAUGACAUCCCGACCGUCCUUUGGAUCUGGGCGGCACGGCGCAAGUUUGAGCUGGCAGCGGUGCUGCUGCAGCGGCAGCCAAUCAGAGCAGCUGCCUGGCACCCGCGUGAAACAGCAGCCAUCAUGAUGGAUCCGCUAGACGAGCUCAUGAAACUGCAGGAGGAGUACGACAAACUCGAGUCCGUCUAUAACGCGGAUGUGUCUAAGGCUCUUAAGGCGUACCAGCGAACAUGCGACCCUCUUUUUGAGAGGCGAAAGCAAAUCGUGUGUGGAGAUUCAGAGCCGACAGAGGAGGAGGCAGCCGUUGCAGACCCAGACGAGGAAGAUGAAGAGGAAGAGGAGGAGGAGGGAGGAGGGGAGCAGCAGCAAGGAGGGAAGGUGGCGAAGGCGCCUAAAGGCGUGCCCAAGUUCUGGCUCACAGCGCCUAAAGGCGUGCCCAAGUUCUGGCUCACAGUCUUGAAGAAACAUGUGAGUGGGUCCCUCCCUGUGUUGACACGAAUUCCAGAGCUGCUGAAGGCCUCAGACUUGUCGUUUCCUCUGGCCGCUCGCUGUGCCUGUCCCUAUCACCUCCCUUCUCUCCCAUCACUCCCUUCUCUCCCAUCACUCCCUUCUCUCCCAUCACUCCCUUCUCUCCCAUCACUCCCUUCUCUCCCAUCACUCCCUUCUCUCCCAUCACUCCCUUCUCUCCCAUCACUCCCUUCUCUCCCAUCACUCCCUUCUCUCCCAUCACUCCCUUCUCUCCCAUCACUCCCAUCUCUCCCAUCACUCCCGUCCCCUCUUCUCUACAACCCCGCCCUCACAGGAUGCUGUAGCGGAGUUCAUUCACAAGCGGGACGAGGAGGCUUUGGAGAGCCUAAGGGACGUGCGAGUGCAGAUAGUCCCGUGACCUGCCUCACUCUAUUCUCCCCGCCCCUUCACUCCGCUGCCCUCCCCUUUCUGCCAUCACAGGAUGCUGUAGCGGAGUUCAUUCACAAGCGGGACGAGGAGGCAUUGAAAGGCCUAAGGAUCGAUGCUGUAGCGGAGUUCAUUCACAAGCGGGACGAGGAGGCAUUGGAGAGCCUAAGGGACGUGCGGGUUCGCUUUGUUAAAGCUGCUGGUGACAGUAGCGGUGCCUCUGAUAAGGGCACAGGUGGUGCAGUUACGCGGCUGGAGCUACACUUCGGCCCCAACGCGUUCUUCUCUAACAAAUCGCUCUAUAUCGAGACAGUGGAGGUGGCUACAGGAGGAGGGGGGGAGGAGGGGGAAAUGGGGGAAGAAGAGGGGGAUGGGGGCGGAGGGGGAGGGGGAGGGUCGGUGGUGGUGGUGAAAGAGGUGUCUGAGAUUCAGUGGAAGGGCGUUGAGAAGAAUUUGACUCUGCGACAGAUUGUGAAGGCCGGGAAGAAGGGAAAGGGAGGUAAGGGGAAGAAAGGAGCAGGUAGGGAAGCCGAGGCUCCCUCAACAGUCAAGACCAAGCCCUGCCCUUCCUUCUUCAACUUCUUCACUCUCUCGCGUAACAUGCGGGGCAAUAAAGCCACCGCCCAGCUCAGCAGCAAAGGGGGGAGGAGCAGAGGGGGGGACGGAGACGAGGGGGAUGAGGGGGAGGAGGGGGAUGAGGAGGCGGAUGAGGAGGGAGACGAGGGUUUGGAGGGUAUGCCUGUGUUUGGGGGGGAGGAUCUGGGGGAGGUGGUUCUGAAGGUGCCUCAGGAGCGGGUGUUAUCUGAUGGCAAGAUGGACGUGUGGCAAGCGCUGUGCAACGAGGUUGUACCUAGAGCAGCUGAUCUGUUCACGAGCACAGCCUUUGGGGAGGAGGACGGGGGCGGUGGUGGUGAUGAUGAUGAUGAUGAUGCUGACGUGGCAGAUGAGGAGGGGUACGAGCAUGUUCAGCGCCCAUCAUCCGGACCUCAUCGGCUGGUUCGGCGCCGGAUCAGAGCGUUGAAGCACCUGCAGCGGAAGCAGCAGCAGGCAGAGCGCACGAGGGAGGCAGCCAUUGCUGGUGCUCGCGCCUCUCUGAGUGAACGCUCUUCAGGCAUCUUUGCGCGGCGCAAGGCGGUGGUUAUCGGUUCCAAGGCCCUUGACAGCGGUGAUCCCUCCCUCGCCCGCCUCCCCCGCUUCUGGCUUCUCGUCCUGCGCUCCGUGCCCUGCCUCGUUGAGACCAUUCGCCGCCGCGACCACCCUCUCCUCGCACACCUCUCUGACAUUCGCUGGAGGCCACUCAAGGGGAGAGAAGGAGGAGAGGGAGAAGAGGGAGGAGAGGAGGGAGGGGAGGAGGGGGAUGGGGAGAGGGGAGGAGAUGGAGGGAAGGGCGAGAAAGCCGAGUGUGGGAAGGGAGAGUCGGGGUUUGUGAUAGAUUUCGAGUUCCUGCCCGGAUGCAAGGAAUGGAUGGCCAAUCGCGUGCUCUCAAAGGCGUAUUUUUUCCGAACCCGGGCAGCCAGUGGUGGUGGUGGCGGCGGCACCGGCGCAGGAGGCUCGGCGGGCACCGAGGCUGGGGCGUUGGCUCGGGUGGAGUGUAGGACGCCGAUAGUGUGGGAGGAAGGGAUGGAGUUGACGCUGAAGGAGGUGCAGGACAGCAAAGGGCGGCUGCGAGUCAAGCCCUGCCCCAGCUUCUUCCAGCUGUUUGACAACAAUCGCUGCCACCUGGCGUUUGCUGGUGACGAGGCGGUCCACCUGCCGGCUUCCGAGUUGCUGGAUAGGGAAGCUGACGUGGCACUGGCCCUGCGUGACGUGGCGAUCCCGCGUGCUGCUGAGCUGUACAGGCAGGCAAAGGAGUGGGAUCAUGGGGAUGAAGAGGAUGAGGAGGAAGAAGAGGGCGAGGAGGAGGAAGUGGAGUCAGGAGAAGAUGAUUAUAACGGAGACAAGCCGAAGGGAGCUUUGAGUGACGCAGCUAUUCGGAAGAAGCUUCUGGAGAGGAAGAAGAGGAAGAAGCGGGGAGGGAAGGAUGGAGAUGAGGACGAUGAUGUGCGCAUAUGUGGCCUGCCAAGGAAUGUUGCGUAUGGCCUGCUGCUUCUGCUUGUGUUCUCGGCUCCAUUCAUAAUUUUCCUUGAUGAGGUUCUUAUGCGCUUGGGGUUGUGA